AUGGGGCCGCAAGAAUCACAGCAGAACCUGUUCAGCGAUGCCUCGGAGCAGCUCCCCAGCCAGUUCUACCUUCUCGACGCCGCGACGGGCGAGUACAGGCAGUACUCGGCGGUGGCUGGACAUGCUGCAUCCAACCACGGCGCCGGCGCAGCGUCGGGUCAGCCUCGCAUGCAGGCGGGCACAGAGGCCGUGCCAUCAUCUCUCUUCCCAGUGCCGAUAGCGGUUGGUCCAGCCGGCGGCGGCAUGGGUGCUGCUGGCGCGCCGCCGGCCCUGCUAGCGGCGCACCACCUGCACCCGCAGCAGCUCGACAACCACCACCAAAACCACCACCACCACCUGGAGCCUCGCCAUCUCCCUCUGCUGCCGCUGCCGCAGCUUCAUCCACGUCCCCAGACCCAGCAGCAGCUCCAUCCCCUCCAUCUCCAGAGCCAUCUCGUGCACCGCUUCCCCGGCCGCGCAGUCACCAUGGCGAGCCUCGACGAGCACGGCAUGGCUGCUCAGCAAGAAGCGGCCAAGGCCUAUCAGCCUGCGCUCGAUGGCCCCAUUGUCGGCGACAAGACUCUCAUCGAGUCCAUUGUAGAAGAGUAUGCCAAGGCAGAUCCAAUAUACGUCGAAAAGACCAUGGCCCUGCCUCAAACCUAUCAUCAGUACCGCCGUAUCAAAGGCGAUGGCAAUUGCGGAUGGAGAGCAAUCGGCUUCUCAUAUUUUGAAAAGCUCGUCGAGGGCGGCGACACUGACCAGGUCGAGGGUGAAGUCGCCCGCCUGAUGAGCAUGAACCACUAUCUAGGCACCGUCGGCGGCUACGACUACUAUGAGGACUGGGCCGACGAAGCCAUCGGGCUCCUGCGCGAGUUGGCCGGCUGCGUCACCGACGCCCCCACCGCCCACGCGCUCAUCCACGAGCGAUGGACAGACGUCGGGACGGGCAGCGCCCUCAUAUACUACCUGCGCCUCCUCGCUGCGACGCACCUCAAAGCUCAUCCCGAGCAGUACGACCCCUUUGUGCCCGACGGCCAGGGCAUCCAGUCCUAUUGCGCCCAGUCGGUGGAGCUCCCCGACAGAGAGAUUGAGCAGCUCGGCAUCAUAGCCCUCUACAACUGCCUCCUCAAGCCCCUCGACUUUGUCCUCGAGAUUGCGUACCUGGAUCGCAGUCCCGGCGCCGAGGUCAACACAUAUCGCUUCCCGGAGGAAGCCAACGGCAAGGACGUGGCCGCGCUAGGCCCCAUGAUUCAUCUACUCUACCGCCCAGACCACUACGAUAUCCUGUACCGCCCACACGCAACAGCACCUGGCCCAACCCCCAUCUCGAUGCAGGUGAAUCGUGCCACGCACCUCUACUCCCACACCCCCAUCAACAGCACACACAGCAAUUUGGGGGCGUACUCGACGACCGACUUUGGCCUCUUGGCAUCUCUGCCAUCAGCCUCGACAUCGAGCAUGCCGAUGCUCUCCUCGCCGGGCACCAUGCAAGGCUCAUCGUGCAGCCCGUUUACGCCAGACGGGCAGUGGAUGCCGCCGCUUCCGGAACACGAUACGGUCGCGCAGCGCGUGCACGGCCGGUCGCAUCUCGCGGCCGAACCCGCCAUGUCUCCUGGCUCCAAGCCACCACCACAAGCCGCGCUGUCGCCUUGCACGCCUCGCGACUCGGAGUGCAACAUUCGCUUCACCAAGAUGCAGUACGACUAUCAAGAAGACGGCAGCAGGGCGCUGCUGGGGCUCCUCCCCUUCAACGUGACAACCACCACGUUCAAGAAUAGCGUGUGGAACCGGGCGCAUUUCGGGAACCCCGAGUUUCGUCCGGAGCAGUGGCGUCCAGGCGACGAGAGCACCGACGAUCGCAACGGUACGCGCAAGAAGAAGGGGAGCAGAGAAACGUGA